UUGACGUUUUUGUUGCCUUUGCCUGAUUUAACAGAAGAAAAAUAAUCUUAUUUCUUACGUGUGAUUUCUAUGUGAUUUUCGCUAUCAAAAUCCAAUGAAAAAAUAAUGUUAAAUUAAUGUCAUCAUCUUCUUCAUCAUAUUCCGGACAGUAAAUAUUCCAAAAUGAAAAUUAGAAACAAACUUCUUUUGUUCGGUUUGAUUGUGGGAACUUUGGCAAUUUCUAAGGCAGCAGAGGAAUUAAAAGGUCCACCCGAGCCCAAUACGUCCAAGGUUAGCGAAGAGAAUAAAAAUGAACCACCUGAAGGAUCACCAACAGCAACAGACAAACCAACUGCUACUGCUACACCGUCAUCGACUGAUGAUGAUAAUUCUGGAUCGGAUGAUUCCGCUGAUUCGUCGAAAACAAUCUUCAUGUCAGGGCUGCAUCUGCCUUUGUUAAUCAGUGCGAGGAACCAGCAACAAUACAAACUACAACUAGAAAAGGAAAUCCAAAGUGUCGAGGCCGCAAUCAACAAGCCGGAACCCAAGGAACUAACUGACGAAGAACAAAAAGCUGAAAUCAUUUACCAAGAGGCCACUGAACUGCUUAAUAAACGCCAAGGCGACAAGGUCCUGGGUCAGCUUAAAUUGGAAGUAGCUAGUAAAAUGAAUCAUAUUAAAGCCAGAUGUGACAUUGCUUGGGCCCAUGUCUUGGGCAUUCGACCAACUGAUUUCGAAUUUGCUGCCAAAGAAUUUGAAGAGCUAUCCAAACUUGGUUUACCAGAAGCUAAUAUGGGAAUGGCGUUUUUGUAUUCAGUGGGAGUGGGUGGAAAAAAUAUUAGCCAACCUCUAGCUUUGAUGCAUUAUACUUUAGCUGCAUUGGGAGGUGAUAUACAUGCCCAGAUGGCUCUGGGUUAUCGUUAUUCAUUUGGCAUCAAUGUACCGCUAAGUUGUGAAAAAUCGCUGUCGUUUUAUAAACGUGUUGCGAAAAUAGUCGCAUCGAAGAUAACAUUCUCCAGUGGACCAAUUGUGCAUCGGGUUCGGCUUUUGGAUGAAUUGGAGAAUUCAGGAAGUCAGGAAACUGAGUUAGUUGAUUAUUAUCAAUUGCUGGCUGAUAAGGGCGAUGUGCAAUCACAAGUGGGCUUAGGUCAAUUGUAUUAUCAAGGUGGCAAAGCAACCGAACAAGACUUGCAAAAAGCUCUGGAAUACUUUACUCAGGCUGCCAAUGCAGGAAAUGCUAUUGGUUUUGCUUUUCUAGGCAAGCUCUACCUUGAAGGUAGUGAACAUAUAAAAGCCGACCAUGAAGCUGCUUUUAAAUUCUUUAAAAAAGCGGCUGAGCUGGGUGAUCCUAUAGGACAAUCUGGAUUAGGUUUGAUGUAUUUACAAGGUCUGGGAGUACCUAAGGAUACCACUAAAGCGUUCAACUAUUUCACUCAAGCCUCCGAUCAAGGUUGGGUUGACGGACAGCUACAACUUGGCAAUAUGUAUUUCAAUGGAAAUGGAGUUAAAACUGAUUAUAAGCUUGCUCUCAAGUACUUCAGCUCUGCUUCGCAAUCGGGUCAUGUCUUGGCUUACUAUAAUCUGGGAGUAAUGCACGCAUAUGGUCUGGGAAUGUUACGCUCUUGCCCAGCUGCUGUUGAGUUCUUUAAGAACGUUGCUGAGCGGGGACGCUGGAGUGAAAUGCUUAUGCAAGCCUACAAUGACUACAAAAAGUACGAAAUGGAUACUGCUUACAUGAAGUACGCUCUACUCGCUGAAAUGGGCUACGAAGUUGGUCAGAGUAAUGCUGCCUUCCUGCUUGAUCGAAAUGAAGUGACAAUAUUCAAUGAUCGUCAUGAGGAUUUGAUUCGUGGGUUUUACUAUUGGAAACGUGCUGCAGCUCAAGGCUAUUCCGCUGCACAGGUUAAACUUGGUGACUAUUACUAUUAUGGCUGGGGAACUGCGGUAGACUUUGAGUCUUCUGCUUCUUUAUAUAGAAAAGCAGCAGAGCAACACUUCAACGCCCAAGCAAUGUUCAAUCUUGGUUAUAUGCACGAACAAGGUCUGGGAAUGAAGAAGGAUUUGCAUUUGGCAAAGAGACUUUACGAUUUGGCAGCUGAGACCAGUGCCGAUGCCAAAGUUCCUGUGGCUUUAGCAUUGAUGAAGCUACAAUUUAUUGCACAACUUGAAGCACUUAGAGAUUCACCUUACAAAUUCAUAUUCUAUAUGGAUGAGAAUAUAGCAGCCAACUGGGAUUUGUACAUGAUAACCGUACUGACGCUUCUUCUUGGCUUCAUAAUGUACACUAGGCGCCCUUAUCAAAACCAACCACCUCCAGCAAAUAACGAAGAUGAGCAAGGGGCGGCUCAAGCUAAUAAUGAUGUACCAACUGCAGCAGCUACACCUGCAGCUGAAAAUUCAGAGGCUGGAGCAAAUGAGAAACCAACUACAUCGCAACCCCCUCAAGCGGAACCCUCAACUUCAGGGACAUCCACUUCGAGUGCAGUUGGCAAAGGUGCAAUUAGGAAGAGGCCAACCGCGACCAUUCCACCAUCAACAUCAGCAGCUCCAUCGACGUCGUCAACGUCUACUUCUCCUGCUGCUGCUAAUGCUUCUUCUCCUUCUUCUUCGUCUUCGUCAAUACCAUUGACAUCGAGAACGUCAUCAACAUAAGCAUCAGCUUCAACAUCAGCAUCAGCAUCAACAACAACAUCAGCAAAACCAAAUGCAUCUACAGUUAUAAGAGACAAUGAAAAACCAGAAUAGUCCAAAUGUGUUUUGACCCAUUUCUAAUCUAAUUUUUAAAGAAGGAAAAAAUGUAGUUUUUGUUUUUGUAAAUAAGUAAUAUUUUUAGAAACAAUUUUUUUAUUAUCAAUCUUUGCAUGAAACAAAUAUUAUGAAGCAAGAGCUAAGAGCUGUUUUAGUUAUGGACACUAUCAGCUUAUUGGCCAUACGUAUUGUUGUGCAUUGUAUGUAAUCAUAUUUUUAGAUUUUAUAAUAGCUUUCGUUUGGCAUUCAGAUCUUCGUUGAUCGAUGGAUUGAAUUGAUUUUGAAUUAAUAAGAAUUAUUAAAUGAAGAAUUAAACAAAAUAAAAAACAAAAAAGACUUAGGGAAAAUAAAAUGUACUCUGCGCAGUUUGUACUCAUUUCGUAGUUUGUUUUUAUUUUGUUUAAAUUAGUUUUUCUUCAAAUAUUAUUUAUAUAAGUUUGAAAAACGAAAAUAAAAACAAAUAUAUUUAUUUUA